GGCAAAUUCGUUAUGAAUUCUCGAAUCUCGCAUACCGAAGGAUCUCAUUCGUAUACUUUGCAGGAUAUCAUUUUACCCCAUGAUAAUGAAUUUAACACGUUUCAUGAACACCAGAAUUUGUAUGAUAUCGCUAUGCAAAUGGUAGUACCUUCUUCACAAGCUACCCCAGGAAUUGUAUUCAAUUAUUAUCAAGAUUAUAAUUCAAACAAACCCUUGAACUUUUAUUAUAAUGAUGUUCAUAUCUAUUGUAAAAAAGUAAUAUUAACCUUAGACGAAACAAUCGAAUGUUUAAACAUUGAUAUUCAUAAUCCCAUUCAAUAUAGUAGUAAUUUUUAUAAAUUUUAUUAUAAACAACCAGUUACUCUGAAACUUUAUGAAGUAAUUUGUAAAAUCUACAACGAUGAGAACCCGGAUCGAGAAUUUUCCAAGAAAGAUAAAAAAAGUAUUGAAUUUUGUUUAAAUAAUUAUUUGGGUCAAAUCAAACAAGGCGAAUCUUCUAAUGGAAGCGAAAGCCUCCAAUCUAAAACAACAAAAAAAGUUCCAUGUAAAUGGGAUGUUUUAACAAUUCAAUCUUUGCUUGCAUAUUUGGAAGCAAAUGAGAAGGAGGUCCGAAAACUAAGAUUCCGUGGUCGUAAAGUAAAAGAAGUUAAAAAGAAGCUUUGGAAAGGGGCGUCCGAUUACCUGCGAUGCCAAUAUCAUGAUGAACAGUGUGAAAUUAAGUGGAAAAAUAUGAAACGGAUAUGCAAAGAUAAUCCAACAAUUUGGUAUAAAUCACGCGUGGAAAGAAUUCUUGGCGAAAUAAUAAAUAUCAAAGGUUGA